AUGUCCGACGUACCACCAACCGAGUCCAUUCCAAAGCCAGAAGAACCGACAGCCCCAGCACCACAACAGACUAAGACUCAAACACUUACAUUUUUACGCUUGACUUUUUACAAUUUGAACUUUGUUUGCGUAGAUAUGAAUUCUGAAAGAAGUAUGAGGGUCUUGUAUGACUUUGUACUUCUCCCAGAGUUCAUGUCUGUCAAACUUACCUGCCAUGGACUCUUUCAUAAGUUCCAUGAAAUCGUCUUCGGACAAUCCGGGGAAAAGUAUGAUAUCAGUAAGUAUUCUCUUUACAUCCUUACUUAA